UGAAUGACAGGUUUUGACAGUCGGUGAUUAUUUGAUUUGAUGUUUUGAACAUUUUAAACAAAAAUAAAUAAAUUUUGAGGAAAUAGGGCAAUAAUUACGGAGAAAUAUCGAAAAUGUUAUAAAUUUGAAGUUCAAUUAUUUCUUAACAAUUCAUCCAACAACCAUGAAUGAUAAAAUUUACGAAAAAAUGCUGCUGCGCCGACGAUUUUUCAAAAGAGCCUCUUUGAUGGUGAUCGCCUUUACCAUUUCUUUUUAUGUGUCGGUUCUUCUGUUUGGCGAUCUGAAGGCUCCUCGAGUGAUGCAACUGACGGACUUGGGUCGCUGCCCAGCAUGCUACGGAGUGUCUGUGUGCCCAGAACUGUACUCCAACCAAAUUAUCAUGGAAACUCACAGAUGGUCGAGCAUGUUUAACACGAAAAAUAUUUAUUACGGCUACACCAAGUCGAAUAGGAGGGUUAUAUUGAAGAAACUGGCUCAUAAUUCAGAGCUACGGACUUUUGACAACAAUCUGUGUAAAACCUUCAACCUGAAAAGAAAUUGUAAGCCCAUACAUUUGCUGAAUGCCUCAAAUAUUGAUGAUAAAUUGAUCAAACUUGUGGAGUAUAACUUGUCAGUGCCAGAUCCUAGGCCUAGGAAGGGGCUUGUAAUGUGCCCAUAUGCACAUAGUCUGUAUGACUUCAUAAUACCAGUGCUUAGCAGCAAAAAGGAGCAAGUUGAUAUGGUCAACAUCUGGACCAUGCUGAGUAUUAACCCAGAACCUAUUGUAUUACAGGUGUUGCAGAAAUCUAGUGGAUGGCCAGUACCAGCAUAUGCAGGUGUUUGUGGUCGUGUGGAGGUGGUAGCCUAUGAGGGUGAACCUCUUUCGUCAUUAACUCAUGUGUCCUGGUACAGAAAGCUGAAGUUUGCUAAGAAAAUCCUGGAUGCUGCUAUGGACUUUACUUUUAAACAUGAUAGAUUCCGGUUCUACCUCAUGGAUUGGUCAGUGGACAACAUAGUGGCAAACGAAAAGGACGACAUUACCUUCGUAGAUCUCGAGGACAUGGUUAUUCUGGACAAGCACAUUUCACCAAAACCAGACUUACCGAAUUGGUAUCAACGCUACACCAGAGAAGGCAUGGGCGCGGGAUUCUCAUUCUCCAUAGACAAUAUGUGCAAACAUCAUCUAAGUGACCAUAAUAUUUGGGCGGCCUGUUACAUUCUGGCCGGUGACGAAGACCCUUACCUGAGCCCCAUACCUGAAGAGGUUCGGACCUCAAAACCUCAUUUGGAGAGAUUGCUGAAAGAGUGCCUCGAUGGUGAAGACAGAUUUAGAACUAUUACUAAUUUGCAGCAUGUUCUCGGUGAUAUGCUCACAGAUGAGAACAUCGUAGGCUAUAGUGCAGUUAUUAGGUGAUAAAUUAAUUUAGGACAAUGGCGCUAAUGUGCCCUUUUUAAAUCCAUAAUUAUUCUAAUGUUCGGUAGGUGUAAUUUUGAAAGUAAUACUCGAAAAAUUGUGCUCAUGGCAUAGUAUUAUUUUUGCUUGCAAUAUUUUAAGGCAUUUAUUUAAUCUAAGUUUGUGAUGUCAUUUACCUUUGCAGGACUCUAAGAGCUUUAUCCAUGAUAAAUACAAAUAUUUAAUUGUUUAAUGUUUGAAAUAGCUUUACUCCAAUUAUUAUAGCCCUUUAUUAAAAUCCCAUGUAUUUGUUUAGGUAUAUUGUUAUAUGAAAUCUGUGAUAUACCACCAAGAUUUAUUUGUUUCUACAACAAUU